AUGUAUCAUACAAACAGACCUAGGACUCUCUAUGAAAAGGUAUUUGACGACCAUGUUGUUGAAGAGAGAGAAGAUGGAACAGUACUUUUAUACAUUGAUAGACACCUGAUCCAUGAAGUGACUUCACCGCAGGCAUUUUGGGGGCUUGAAGCUCAAGGUCGCCAAACCCGACGUCCUGAACUUACACUUGCAACAUCGGAUCAUAAUGUCCCUACUACAACCCGCAGGCGUCCAGUGAAAACUGCUUCUUUCCUUAAAGAUCCAGCCUCUCGCUUACAGGUCCAGACGCUGGAACGUAAUGUGAAACAUCAUGGGAUCCCAUACCUAGGUCUGAAUUCCAACAUGCAAGGUAUCGUACAUAUCAUUGGACCAGAAUUGGGGUUCACGCUUCCCGCCACCACCGUGGUGUGUGGAGACAGCCACACCAGUACACAUGGUGCAUUUGGAGCUCUUGCAUUUGGAAUUGGAACAAGCGAAGUGGAACAUGUGCUCGCGACGCAGACUCUUGUCACGACGAGAGAUCGGAAUAUGAAGAUUGUGGUAAGAGGAACACUGGGUGAAGGCGUCAGUUCUAAGGACUUGAUCCUUUUCAUCAUUGGAAAGAUUGGAACUGCUGGUGCAACUGGGAUGGUGAUUGAAUUUGCCGGUCCAGGGAUUGAAAGUUUGAGCAUGGAAAGCCGUAUGUCCUUAUGCAACAUGUCAAUCGAAGCAGGUGCAAGAGCAGGAAUGAUUGCACACGAUGAGACCACAACUCAGUACGUUAAAGAUAAACCAAUGGCACCACACUCAUCUUCACCUCUGUGGGAUAAAGCACAGAAGUAUUGGCAAUCCCUAUCAUCAGAUCCAGGCGCUCACUUUGACAAAAUUAUCGAGAUAGAUGCUACAGGCGUCGCGCCUACGGUGACGUGGGGAACCUCGCCCGAGCAAGUUGUGCCAAUUACGGGAUCCGUGCCUUUCCCCGAGGAUUUUGAGGACCCAGUGAAGCAACAAAGCUGCAGGCAAGCUUUGGAAUAUAUGGCCCUUGAGCCAGGUACCCAAAUGAUAGACAUCGCGGUCGAUAAGGUAUUCAUAGGGUCGUGUACAAAUGCACGCCUCGAGGAUUUUCGCGUUGCGGCCUCGGUGCUUAAAGGAAAAAGAAUCUCGCCCAGUCUCAAACUAGCAUUGGCGGUCCCUGGGUCAGGUACUGUAAAACGAGCAGCUGAAGCAGAAGGACUCGAUAUCAUUUUCAGGACUGCUGGAUUCCAAUGGAGAGAGGCCGGAUGCAGUCUUUGCGUUGGGCUGAAUGAAGAUGCACUUCUGCCGUUCGAACGCUGCGCAAGUACUAGUAACAGAAACUUUGAGAGCCGACAAGGGACUGCUGGGCGAACACACCUGGUAUCUCCAGCAGUAGCAGCUUCAACAGCACUUGCUGGAAGAUUGACCGAUGCUCGGCUAGAGGAUUGGUCAACCCUGAAAGAUUCUGUAAACUUGGCGCCUUCAACCUAUAACGAUGGCUUGAUAGAUUGGACUGGUUCCGAUGCCACCGACACUGAUCCAAUUCCAGAAAAUUCCCCGGCUCCAAAACAGAUCGCUACUAACUCAUUUCACCAUGCCAGAGGCAAAGUCGCUAUUCUAAAUCGAGCAAAUAUUGAUACAGAUGCAAUAUUUCCAAAACAAUUCUGCACAACUAUUAAGCGUCAAGGGUUAGGCAACGCACUAUUCUACAACCUUCGUUACCAUCAAGAUGGCAAUCUCAAUAGCUCAUUCAUCCUUAAUCACAGCGAAUACCAGAAAUGUCCAAUUCUUCUAGCGACCGGUCCAAACUUUGGCUGUGGCAGUUCUCGAGAACACGCAGUCUGGGCGUUGCAGGAUUUUGGUUUUAGAACUGUAUUGGCUCCAAGUUUUGCAAAUAUCUUCCAUAACAAUUGUUUCAAAAAUGGCUUGCUUCCAGCAAUUCUGGAUUUAAAUGCAAUACAAAGCAUCGUUAAAGAAGUUAAUGAUGGCCGCAUCAUUGAGAUAGAUCUCCCUACCCAGUCUGUGUUGGAUGCUGAGGGCCGUCAAAUCGGGAGUUUUGAAAUCGAGGAGCACAGGAAGAGCAAACUGCUGAAUGGAACAGAUGAAAUAUCAACAACUUUGCUAUCCGAGAAGAAAAUCACAACUUUUGAGAGAGACAGGAGGAUGUCCCGACCGUGGAUUGACGCAAGCGCUAAGAUGGGACUUGACUCGGUGUUUUCGCGGGUGCAGCCAUCACGCAAAACCUUGGAAGUUGAUAUCAAACCGAGUUCAAUAAAAUGGUGA